AUGCCCGGGAAGUCCAUUCUGGUCACCGGCGGAGCUGGUUUCAUCGGGUCCCACGUGGUGAUUCGUCUGGCGUCGCGGUAUGAUUACAAGAUCGUGGUUCUGGACAAGCUGGACUACUGUGCGAGCCUGAAGAACCUGGCUGCUGUCGAGGGCAACGAGAGGGUGCGAUUCGUGCGAGGCGACGUCCGGUCGUUGGACAUGGUGAGCCAUCUGUUGACUUCGGAGCAGAUUGACGUGGUGAUGCACUUCGCGGCCCAGUCGCACGUCGACAAUUCGUUCGGGAACAGCCUGACGUUCACGACGAACAACAUCGUCGGCACGCACAACCUCCUCGAGUCGGCAAGAACGUACGGCAAACUGUCCCUCUUCCUGUUCGUCUCCACGGACGAAGUUUACGGCGAAUCUUCGCUCGAUGCCGAUACGGGCGUGACAGAGACGUCCACGUUGGACCCGACAAAUCCGUACUCGGCGUCAAAGGCAGCUGCCGAGAUGUUGGUGAAAGCCUACAUGAAGUCUUACAAGCUGCCAUGUAUCAUUUCGCGCGGGAACAACGUGUAUGGACCGCAUCAGUAUCCCGAGAAGGCUGUCGGCAAGUUCAUUCUCUUGGCAAUCAGGUGGGUGACUGCAAAAAGUCCGGUGAGGGGUGAGCCACUUUGCUUGCACGGCGAUGGAAGUGCAAGGCGCUCCUAUUGUUUCGUCGAGGACGUUGCAGAGGCGUUUGACUUGCUGUUGCACAAGGGAAAAGUGGGUGAAGUGUACAACAUCGGCACGCGUGAAGAAAGGAGUAUGAAAAGCGUCGCCGAGGAUGUCCGACGAAUGUGCAGGUCGAAAUCCAAGGUCAAGUACGUUGAAGACAGGGCGUUCAACGACCGAAGGUAUUUCAUCUCAGACGAGAAGCUCAUGUCUCUCGGAUGGAGCGUUCGCACUUCUUGGGAACAGGGCCUGCAUAGAACAUGGGAGUGGUACAGGGAAAAGGGCUUUGCCUACUGGGAUCGCCUCAAGCUCGAAGUAGCGCUGCAGCCACAUCCAACUUUGCCUUGA